UCCAGAACGACCCACCAGCAACCUCACCCAAGCGUUGGCGCCAAAACUACCGGCCCGGUCCGUCCCCUACCGGAACUAUGCCUCACGUAAGCCACGUAAUCAAUAAUCCUGCGCCUCGCUAAGUAGUCCCGUUCAGGAUGCCCUCGGUACACGCUUUUCAAACUCAAGAGGUCCUCAGUAGGAAGAAGUCGGCCUCAGAGGUGCGUUGCGGUUUUGACAGAAAGGCAAAGUGGGUUUUCUAACCCAUUUCAUCCGGAUUCCUCCGCCAGGAGGCAUAGUCACCGGGUCUUCACUUCCGGGUCCGCCAUUUUAUUGCCUCCAUUUCUCCGCGAGGGGGGGGCUAAAGGUCCCCCAAAUAUUCAUAUGUGAAAAGGCCAAAAAGUGACGGCCGCUGGCAAGGAGUCUUAACUUGAGAAAGAAACCGGACCAAGCUGGCGGGCCCAGUAAGAGCGAAGCGGGCAGCGCUCCGGAAGAGCUCCCUGGAUACUUUUGUUCCUAUGCAUAAAGAUGUCUCUGGUGGAUUUGGGGAAGAGGCUGCUGGAAGCUGCAAGAAAAGGCCAAGAUGAUGAAGUGAGAACGCUGAUGGCCAACGGGGCCCCGUUCACCACAGAUUGGCUUGGAACAUCACCUCUUCACCUUGCAGCCCAGUACGGCCAUUAUUCCACAGCAGAGGUGCUCCUUCGAGCAGGCGUGAGCAGGGAUGCCCGGACCAAGGUGGACAGGACCCCUCUACAUAUGGCUGCAGCUGACGGCCAUGCACACAUUGUGGAGCUGCUGGUUAGGAGCGGUGCGGAUGUGAAUGCCAAGGACAUGCUGAAGAUGACCGCUUUACACUGGGCCACAGAGCACCACCAUCGAGAUGUCGUUGAGUUACUUAUCAAAUAUGGAGCUGAUGUCCAUGCUUUUAGCAAAUUUGACAAGUCUGCCUUUGACAUAGCACUGGAGAAAAACAAUCCUGAGAUUCUGGUCAUCCUUCAGGAAGCAAUGCAGAAUCAGGUGAGCGUCAACCCCGAGAGAGCCAACCCAGUGAGCAACCCUGUGACUGUGGCUGCUCCAUUCAUCUUCACCUCUGGAGAGGUCGUUAACCUCGCUAGCUUUGUCUCUUCAGCCAACACCAAAGCAUCCGCAGCUAAUUUAGAGGAAAUCGAAGAAGGAAAUUCACUUGACUCAUCAAUCCAGCAAGUGGUGGGGAGUGGCGGCCAGAGGGUCAUCACCAUAGUGACUGAUGGAGGGCCUCUGGGUAAUAUCCAGACCUCACUCCCUACUGGAGGCAUUGGCCAGCCCUUUAUUGUAACAAUGCAAGAUGGACAGCAAGUUCUAACUGUGCCUGCUGGUCAGGUUGCAGAGGAGACAAUAAUUGAAGAGGAAGAAGAGGAAGAAGAGAAGUUGCCAUUGGCAAAGAGACCAAGGAUGACAGAGAUAACUAACAGUAUUGAGGAAAGCAAGGAAGGCAGCGAAAGAGAGCUACUGCAGCAGCAGCUCCAGGAGGCCAAUCGGAGAGCCCAGGAGUACAGGCACCAGCUUCUCAAGAAAGAGCAGGAGGCAGAACAGUACCGGCUCAAGCUGGAGGCCAUGGCGCGACAGCAGCCCAAUGGAGUUGAGUUCACCGUGGUUGAGGAGGUAGCUGAAGUGGAUGCUGUCGUAGUGACAGAAGGGGAAAUAGAAGAAAGAGCAGCAGAAGUGAUGAAGUCAGGAAGGACCACAGAGCCUCACACUAGUGUUUCCAUAGAAACCAUUUCAUCUUAACACGCAAAGGCCACAACUUGCACUCAUUCAUCUUAUUUUUAAGAAGAAAAUACAGAGGGCAAGCACUGUGUACAAAUUAAGACUGUCUUUAAGAAGGGAACAGUAGCAGGGCUCAGUGCCUGGGCCAGGAAAGCUGUUUGUGCAGCUAGAGACUCAGAGCCACGUUAGGGGCAUUUAAAGGACCAAAGGACCAGGACCAAAUCUCUCAGCUCACGUCAUUGCUUUAAACAGAGUACUGAGCAUUGCGGGUUGAUUUUUUUUUUUUAUAAAAAAUAAUUAACUUUAUAUCAAAAGAUUUUAAGAUAAUACUUGUAAUACAUAUACACCAAGAGCCUUUAAUAAUUAUUCCUGAGAUCUCCAAGUGAUCUGAAGUUUGCCUUACUUAGGUUUAUGAACUGCUAAGGUUGUAGGAAGACUCUUCGCAAGGAUGAAGAAAAGAUACCGUACAUUCCUUGCUUUUCCUUUUUUUUUUUUUUUUUUGGUGGAGAAGUUCAAGAUAGGGUUUCUCUCUGUAGCCCUGGCUGUCCUGGAACUAACUCUGUAGACCAGGCUGGCCUCAAACACACAGAUCUGCCUGCCUCUGCUUCCCGAGUGCUGGGAUUAAAGGCGUGCGCCACCACCACCCGGCUAAAGCUACCAUACAUUUCUGAGAAGCAAGCACACGGGCUGCUCCUAGUUAAUCCAUGGGCUAGGAACAGUAGUACAUACCUGUAAUGCCAACGCUCAGGAAACCGAGACAGCCAGUGAGUGUGAGGUCAACAGGAGCUAGAGAGACUCCUUCGGUGAAAGAGGGCCAGAUGCCCUUUUCUGGCCUCUGGGAACACCCUGGCAUAUACAUACAAAUAAAAAUUAAAAAGUUAAGUAAGUUAGUUGACCGCCAAGGUUUGCCCUUCAGGAUCAUGAGACUACCACGAGAUUGAAGCCAACUUGAGCUCCAUAGUGAAUUACAGUGCAGCCGGGCUACAAUGUGGGGCCUUAUGCAAGAAAAGAAAAUCAAAUCGUGUGGUGGUGCACACCUCUUCCAGCACUCAGGUGAUAGAGACAGGUGCAUCGCUCUGAAUUUGAGACCUGCCUAGUCUACAAAGAGAGUUAAUGGAAUGGCCAGCACUACAUACAGAGACCCUGUCUCAAAGAAAAAGAAAAGAAAAGAAAGCAGAGAAAGCUGACUUGUGAUUGCCAAUAAAUUGUAUGUUCAUAGCUUAGACGUCAUUUAAAAAAAAAAAAACAAAAUUAAACUAGGCAUAGUGUCGCGUGCUUGUAAUCCCAGCACUUGUGAGGCUAAGACAGGAGGAUCACUGCAAGUUCAAGGUCAGCUUUGACUAUUGUAAGAUUUUUCUUUAAAAAAGAAACAAAAUGACUAGACUUGAUGACCCUCAUCCCUGUACUCGGGAAGCAGAGGCAGGCAGAUCUUUGGGGUUCUAACUAGCCUGGUCCACAUAGUGAGUUCCUGGCCAGCCUGGGCUACAUAGACCCUAACUAACAAUAGCAAAAAAUCUGAGGACAUUGCUCAGUGGGACAGCAUGUUGCCUAGCUUGCAAGGAAGUCCCUGGGUUCCUCCUUUGGUGCUGUAUGUACACAACAAAAACGAGGGGCAGGAAAGCAAAGAGAAAAACAAUUAACAUCAAACUUUUAAUGCCAGAAAGAAAUUUUACUUACGUUAUGGGGAGUGUGUGUGUAAAGCCUGUGUCCCUCCUGAGACUGGGCGGUCUCAGAAUGAGGCUUCUGAGCUAUGAAGCUCUGGUCUUGAGAUGGAAACUGUAUGAACGUUAUAAGACUACAAUCAGGAGGGUCGUCAGAACAUUGCUUCUAAACAUCUGUUUAUAUAAAUCAAGUUUGAACCUCUAAAUUGUAUAAAGUUGGGUUGAAUGUUGUGUGUCACGUAGGACAUUGGUGCUUUCCUGCAGCGCUUAUCAUCCUGUGACGAAGGCCAGCGCUGUGCAGGCCUGUUUCUGUUGACUGCUGCUUUUGCUAAUGUGGGCCAAUAGAGCGCUGUGCCUUAAGGUGUGUAGGACAGGUGACAAAGGGGGCAGGGGUCACUGCCACAGAGCAGAGAGCCAUACAUCCAAGCCCUUGCUGUCUUCCCCUCUCUCUUACUCUGCUCAGACACUUUUGCAUAGAUUUUCAGUGCUGGGUUGUUGAGGUGGGAUUGGGCAGGUCUCUGUUAUUAACAUGAAGUAGUUUUUGUUUGUAUAGCUGGGCACUGCGCUCUUGCCUGUAAUCUCAGCAUUCAGGAGGCUACAGCAAGAAAGUUGACAUGAGUUUGAGGCCAGCCUGAACUACAGUGUGAGAACCUGUCUCAAAAACAAGGCAGCUGAGCAUUGUGGCUCAUGCUGAUAAUGCCAGCUCAGAAGGCUGCUGCAGGAGGUUGCCUGCACUCUGAACGUAGUGAGCUCUCUAAGACAGCAUGAGCCACAGAGACACCUGUCCAUCCUCGUCUUCCCACCCCCUCCCCUUUCCCCAGACAGGGUUUUUCUAUGUAAACCUGGCUGUCCUGGAACUUACUCUGUAGACCAGGCUGGCCUUGAACUCACAGAGAUCUUACUGCCUCUGCCUCUCCAGUGCUGGGAUCAGAGGUGUGCACCCUAGCUGCGACACCUGUCUUAAAGAGAAAAGAAAGGGCUGAGACUGUAGUUCAGGAAGAGCCCUUGCCUGUCAUUUUAUCAGAUCCUAGUUCAAUCCUUAGGACUGCAAAAAACAAUAUUUUUAAAAGUUUAAACAGGAUGUGAUAGUACAUGUCUAUAAUCUCAGAACUGGUAGAGGGAGGCACGAGGUCAGAGGUUGAGGACCAUCCUUGGUUAUUUAACAAGUUUGAGGCCAGUUUACCCCCUCCCCCCCAUCUCCCCUAAGAGGGAAAGGUACCUGAUAACAGAGGGAAAGGCCAUGUAGACUUUUUAUUGGAAAUUAGAAGAAGCCAGAAGGGCAUGUGCCAAGUGUACACCUGAAUGACUGUUGAGAAUAUAGUUUCCUAAUUAGUGAUCAUGAAGAAAAUGGGUAUUUUAGCCUGGAAAAAGCUUGGCAGUUAACAUGGUUCUGUUUACCUUGAUUAGUAUAAUAAUUUGUGCAGUGUUCCAGAGGUGUGGAUUCAUUUUUGGCUCAAACAUAAUUCUCUAACUCAUAUUGAACAAACAGAAUGGACUGUUAGGUUUAUAGGCAAAAAUAGCUGUUUUCAAAUGACUCUUGGCUGCUGGCACCCUGACUAGGUCUGCUCUGUGUGUCCGAGCAUCAGAGACUGUUCUAGUGCCUCAAGAGUGUCUGGAAGCAUAGUGGAGGGAUCUGUGUGUGUCUGAUACCUGGGAAUGGGGUGCUAGCAGUAAGCUGCUGUGUGUGGCAUCUCAGAGCCAUGGCUAACUAGAGGGAGCAAGUUUCCACUUAGAUGACUGUGUUUACAUUCUUGGAGCGUAUGUUGACUUUAAUUCCCUCCCACCUUUUAAGGGGAUGGAGAGUGUCUGCAGAGACUGUCCACGCCUAACCACCUCAUUACCUUGCUAGUUACUGUGGGGAUGGAUCUGUCCAUCUACUCCUCCCCUCUGAGCAGAGCUUCUACCUUAGGGGAGCCUGCUUCAUUGUUCCAAGUUAAUUUUGAACAUGAGGUCUCCGUUGUUCAUCUCAAAAUGGAAGUAGGUUUUUCUUUUCAGUUAUACAGUCAUGAAAAUGAAAGGGUGUUGUAGAAGACUCUUUCAGUUAGUUAAAAAUGUAGGUAUUGGAUAGCCAAGCAUGGGGCACAUGUGAAAUCCCAGCAUUGAGAGGAUGAAGCAAGAGGCUCAGGAGUUCGAGGCCACACUGGGCUACAUGACGGCACUGUCUCAAAAACAAAGAUAGGACUGGUUAAGAACACGACACACAAGUGUGAAGGCCCAAAUUCAGAUCCUAGCACCCUCUCUAGCAAGUCCUGGUCCCUGGAGCACCCAUAACCCUAACCCAUUAGCAGGCUGAGGACGAAGGGUUACUGGGGUUCAGAUUCAGGGAGCAACCCUGUCUCAAAGGAGCACAACAGAGUAGUGGAAGAGGACACCCAAGGUCUCUUCUCCCUCCACACACAGGCACAUACCCCACACUCACACACAAGGAACUGGGGAGGAGAAAUGAAAAUACACUAAGACUAUCUCCUGACUUCAUGUAGCCUUCUAGGUCAGCCUUUUGUAAGUUUGUUGCUUUUUAAAGACAGGGCCUCACUCUGUAGGUUGACUUCAGACUCAGGGCAAUCCUCCUGCCUCAGCCUCUUGAGUGCUGGGACUAUAAGUGUGAGCUCCACAUCGGACUAGGUCAAUUGAGAAGAUCUACCGUGGAUCUUCGGGGUGAAGAGGUCCAGCUGAUUGUGAAGGCUGGGUAUAUGAGAAUCAAUAGCAGAGGAGCUGUCUGGGGCUGCAGCUCAGCAGAAUGCCGGCCUAGGGACUCGGCUCCAGGGCAGCUGCUGCGUGAAUGUCAGUGCUGUGCUAAUUCAGGGAUGUAACCCCACAUUUGCAUCUGGGUUGUAAGUGUUUCCCCCCAAAAAAAGAAAAAAAGAAUGUUACAACUUCUGUUCUUCCUCCUUCAGGGAAAUUGAUAACAAAUGUGUAAAUGUGCCUUCCCUUCACAUUCUGCUUCUGUGGGGGCUUGUCAUUGUGAUGCCAAAGCGGAGCCCUCGUGGCUGCUAUAGGAGGAGGGGCCUCAGGGGGGUUGCUCCGAACUCUAUGCCUUAAAAGAUACUCUGUCAGAUGUAUAUGUUCUUUUGUUUUUUUCCAGACAGAAUCUCACUGUGUAGUUCUGACUGGCAAGAAACUUGCUAUGUAGUCCAGGCUAGCCUCAAAUCUAGAGAUCCAUCUGCCUCUGCCUCCUGAGUGCUGGGAUUAAAGAUGCCUGGCAACAGAUAGUUUUUAUAUCCCUUUGCUGGGUGCAUGUUAGUAUAAAUGUAUGUAAAUGCAUAAUCUUUCCCAGUUUUCUCUUUGCGGUUCAGCUCUAAAUUAUCUGGGAUAACCUGGAAGCUUAUUAAAUAUAUAGAUAGGGUUUUUAAUCCCCUUAAUCCACUGGGGAGCAGGGAAUAGGAAAACAGUGAAUAAGAGAAAAUAUGAGCGUUGAGGCCCAAGGAGCUGGUUCAUGCUCACAAGGGAAGCCAGCGGGUAAGUGCAAAGACACCAUGGUCAGUGCACAGCGACCAAAAUGAGCUUCCCUCUGUGGCCGUUUGUCUUUUCCUCCUGUUGAAGCUGCCUUGACACUUAGAAAAACCCUCAGAGAUGGGUGUGGUGAAGCACAUAUUUAGCCCCAGGACUCAGGAAGCGGAGGCAGGUGGAUCUCUGUAAGUUCCAGGCCAGCUUGGGCUACACGGUUAGACCCUGUCUCAAAAGAAAAGCCUCCAGGCUUCUGGACAGGGAAGAGCCCGGAUGAGGGGCUGUGGAACUGAGCUCUGAAGCUCUACUUCCCCAGCUCAGCACCUCACCUUGCGAGAAAUAACUUACUCCGAGAAAGCUUGUGUGGCUGUCCCUACGUCAGCCACCUCCAGGUGGCCCAUGGUGAACUCCUGUCAGAGUCUGACAAUGAGCAGGGGUUCCUUUUUGUCCCAGUUCCUGGAGACCAGCUUUCUCUUCUCUCCUCAUGCAGACAGACGUUUCUGUCAAGGCCACCAGUAUGCACUUUAACUUCUUACCUCCUUUUUGUGUUUUGUUUUGCUUCGAGACAGGGUCUCUCUCACCCUAGCCAGGCUGACCUGGAACUCACUGUGCGACCUAGGCUAGCCUCAGAUUCACAGCAGUCCGAUGCCAUGGCCUCUCACGCCCUGGCUUACAGAUGUGUCACCGUGACAGACCGGCUCUAACCCUGUCGGAGUCACGCUCUGUUUCCUUUACUCACAGGAAGGAUGUUAGAUUUAAUAGCCUUGGGCCUCUGGUGCUGUCCUUCUGAAGGCUUUAACCUCUGGGGCUGGGGGAGGAGGAUCAUCCUAAACUCUGCAGUAGUAAGUGAUUUGUUACAGUCAGGAAGUUGUGACCCUCUUUGUCUUCCCUGACCCCCACCCACCACUUCUGUACCUUCCAUCCCUCAGCUCUUGUGGUAGGAAGGCUUUGCCCGGCACUGGAACGUAAUUAAUUGGUCGGUCAUCUCUAAUCUUCCGGGCUCCCCUUUCUCUCUCCUCCUCCCCACCACGUUUUGCUCCGAGGUGAUUUGUUUCUGAGAAUUAACUAGGUUAUACUUUCUAUCUGUGUUCCCACUUGGUUUCUGGCAUCUUGGAUGUCAACUGUUACAGUAGCAGCUCAGCUCCCCGGCCUCAGCCUCGCCCAGUGUGUCCUUCUGCCAAGGCCAUUGGGAGGCGGAUGCCCAGGAGUCUUUACAGUGUCCUCUUGUUCUUCAAGUUGUCUGGCAGCUUUGUGUACAGAAAAAUUGCAGGAAAACUUAAAUAAAAGUUUCUUUUUUAUUUAGGAUAAAAUACUUCCAUUCUAAUGAGCAAGCGUGUGUGUACAUGUGUGUGAAUGAGCAUUUAUGUACAUAUACCUAUACAGAUCUAUAUUAUAUAUACAGUUUUGUACUAUCAUUUAAAAUAAAGACAUUUCUUAAUAAAACAUUAGUGUUGUUAAAGUCUUUGGCAAAGAAUGUUUCUGCUCUCUCUGUUACAAUGAACCAGCCAAACUAAACUUAAGGUGUGUGCCGCAG